AUGGGCGGCGGUGGAAGACGCAGGGCUCGCCGGAAAUUCCAAGACACGGUGUAUCCGCUGAAUGUCACGCUUGAAGAAGUAUACAAUGGAAAGACAGCUAAAUUGCGAUUAUCUAAAAAAGCUCUGUGUACAAAGUGUAAAGGAAGUGGCGGUAAAACUGGUCAGUCAUACGAGUGUCAUUCAUGCCGCGGUCGUGGAGUCAAGAAUGUUGUGCAACAAAUUGGUCCAGGAAUGAUUCAACAAAUGCAAGUCAGAUGUCCUGAUUGCCGCGGCGAAGGCGAGUAUCAAUUUUGCAACAGUACUAGAAUCCCAGAAUCCGACAGGUGCUCUCAUUGCAAAGGAGAGAAAAGCGAGGAAGUGAAGAAGAUACUUGAGGUUCACGUAGAACCAGGAAUGAAACACAAUGACAAGGUCACAUUCCCUCGCGAAGGAGAUCAGUCUGACCCAGACAUUGAACCGGGUGAUGUUGUUAUUGUUAUACAAGUGAAACCACAUGACGUAUUUGAAAGGGAGGGCGAUGAUCUCAUUGCGAAAAAGUAAGU